CAGCUGUCGAUCCGUAUAAGUUUGCUUGGUUAGUGCAGUAUAGACUAUGAUAGUGAACUCAGUACAGUUUUGGUACAGUUAAUUUACCAUCAGGGUGCCAUGAAAUUUCUUGGAGUACUUUUGCUGAUAGUUGUCAUUUCCACAGUCCGUGCCUGUUACCUCGUAUACUUUCCGGUGUGCGGGACAGACGGCAAAACGUACAGGAAUGACUGCUACUUGAAAAUUGCGUCUAACGCUGCAGAUUUAAUUGGUUUGGACCCAAUACAGAUCAAGUUUUAUGGCACGUGCGAGAAGGGGCCUAGCAGACCCAUAUUCACUCUGCCACCGACGGCCUCAACGACCCCCAAGCCAUGAACGCGAAUGGAUAAACUAGGACAUAUCUGAUAAUAGCUCUGGGUGUAUCUUAGAAGAAACAUACAAGAAAAUAAAAAUGGUUUUCUGUA